CUUUAGUUUGUUCGUCUUCUUCUUCCUCCCUCCCUGCUAAAGAAAUUACAGAAUGAGAACUCUGGAAUUAGCUUUAUCGCCACCUCCGGCCUCUUUAAUUCCUUCUUUCAAACACUCCACCACACAAAGCGUCGGAAUCGAUGUGAAGACCACCUUCGAUGCUCAGCUUCUCCUAAGGAGACCCAAACACCAAAGCCCAGAACCCGUCGUCGUCCUUCAACCACAUAUUGCGAUAGACAGAUCUCAAAUUCCAAUUCCUCGUUACUCGACUUCCGAUAUUCUCCGAAUCAUGGACUCUCUGUCUCUACCUGGUAACGAAGACCUAUACUCGUGUCUCGCCAAGGAAUCAACCAGCGAAUGCGAUCAGCGUGGAGCUUACGAACUAACAGUUCAUAUCAUGAAGUCAAGUGUAAGACCCAGAACGACGUUCCUCAACCGUCUUCUCCUGAUGCACGUGUCGUGCGGUCGUCUUGAUACGGCACGCCAGGUGUUCGAUAGAAUGCCUCACAGAGAUUUUCAUUCCUGGGCUAUCCUUAUCCUCGGCUACAUUGAGAUGGGUGAUUUUGAAGAGGCUGCUUUGCUCUUUGUUUCUAUGUUGAAACACCAGAACGGUGCUUCCAAGAUCACGCCUUGGAUCAUGGGCUGCGUUCUAAAAGCGUCUGCUAUGAUCAGAGAUUUGGGUUUAGGGCAACAGGUACAUGGCUUGUGUCAGAAGCUAGGGUUUAUAGAGGAACAAGACUCAUGUCUCUCGGGUUCCUUGAUACGCUUCUACGGGGAGUUCGGAUGCUUGGAAGACGCUAAUCUUGUGCUGCACCAGCUCUCCAAUCCUGACACCCUUGUUUGGGCAGCCAAGGUUAGUAACGACUACAGAGAAGGGGAAUUUCAACAGGUGAUCCGCGAUUUCAUAGAAAUGGGUAAGCACGGGGUCCAGAAGAAUGCUUUGGUAUUCUCUAGCGUUUUGAAAGCAAGCACAUGGGUCAGUGACGGUGGGAGAAGCGGUGGAGGAGUGCACGCAGAUGCUAUAAAGCUCGGGUUUGACUCGGAUUGUCUGAUCCGAUGUCGGUUAAUUGAAAUGUAUGGCAAGUAUGGGAAGGUGAAAGAUGCAGAGAAGGCGUUCAUGAGUAGAGAGGAUGAGACGAAUGGUAGUUGCUGGAACGCUAUGGUUGCGGGUUAUAUGCAGAAUGGGUGUUAUAUUGAAGCCAUCAAGCUUCUCUAUCAAAUGAAAGCAACUGGUAUAACAGUACAGGAUAGACUCUUGAAUGAAGUCAAGCUCAAGCCCACCUUUAGAUAAAUAACAAACAUUAGUUAAAGAAAUUGAUGAGCUUGAUAUGUAAAUAUACCUUAUAUAUUAAUUGAAUAGCAUUGCAACAUUCUUUUUUA